AUGGUGCCAUUACGCGCGGUCGUCGACGAGACGUCGAGCUCGGGAGAGGACGCGCGCGCGAGAGCGGGGCUCGAACGCGCGCUCGGGUUCACGGAUGGACGCGAGGCGCUCGAGAGCGACUCUCCGGGCCUCGGACGACGCGCCCGGUCGAGGCGAUCGCGACGGAGUGGAGACCAGACGGACGCGACGUUCGAUGAAGAGGCGUGGAUCGGGAGGUUUGGGGUGGUCAAACGGAGCGCGGGGAUUGGGAAGACGGUUCCGAGGCGCGCGGGGGAAACGGAGCGAAGAGCGGAGAGCGGGAGCGGAAGGAUCGGUUUAGAGGCAUCGACCGGGGUGAAUGCGUGCGAAGUGUUGAUUAAAGAGCGCGUGACGGCGAUCGAGGGGACUUUCCGCUCGCAAGGGUCGUGUUUAGCGCAACUGAUGGGAAGGUUACGGGCGCGGCGAGAGACGCACGCGAGUCGCGCGCCGGCUCCGUCCAGGAAGGUUGCGGCGGCGCUUCUGGGGGAUCGGGACGACGCGGAAGAGAUUCUGGCGUUCGGAGAUAAGAUUGGUGUGGAUGAUCCAGAGGGUUGGUUGGAGUUUGCGGCGUAUGUAAAGUAUAACGCGGUGACGCGUACGAGCCGACCGGCGGCUCGGUCGCCGAACGGCGUAGGCGACAGUGCCGGGUACGUGCAGUGUUCCAUGGUGAUGUUCGAUGCGAUCGGCGCUUGUAAUCACUCGUGCGAUCCAAACGCCGAGGUGAGCGCGAUUUCGGACCAGGGUGAGGUGACGCUCUACUCGUUGAGACCGAUAGCGGCGGGCGAGGAGAUCACGAUAUGUUAUGGCAAACCAUCGCUCAGAUGGCUUCCCGCUCGAUGUCGGCGACGGAGUUUACUCAAGGAAUGGCAUUUCGAGUGUCAGUGUGAAAAGUGCAAGGCGGAAAUUAGAUCGGGUCUGGCGGUGCACAAACCGAUGUCGAAGCCGUGGGAUAUUCACGAUCCGCGUUGGUUUUAUUGCACGCACGACUACACGACUGGCUUUGAGACGCACUUCGAUGCGGAGGGAAAUUUGCUCGCUCUCUCGAGCAAGCCGCGAGUGGUUAGAAAUGGAUCCCUCAGUGAAAUGGGGGAUUCGACGUCCGGAUCGAGAACCGACCUCGUGAGUGAAGAGUUUGGGAACAAAUUGCGGCUCGGCAGCGCAAGCGUGCUCGGCGAUGACGACUACAGUAGCAGCGGAUUUUCAUCUUCGGCAAUAAGUGGAGUGGUAACGAGCUCGUCCGAUAGCUCAGUCACCAUAAACGAAGAUGAACACGUCACGAGCGGGGGAAGCGAAGACGAGGAAGUUAUGCGCUGGCACGAGCGUUGGAGAAAGCAACGCAUGAAGACAUACAGCGUGAAAAACGUUGGCGUGUACACCCCGCUUCAGCUUUACCGUGCUAUGCAGCGGUGCCAAAUUCGUCAGGAUCACUGGCAAUUUCUCGUCGUUCGAGACGCGCUGAUCACGCAGAUCAUCAGCGAUGCAGCUACUCGAGGCGGGACGGCCCAGCGACCGGCCUGCCCGACACUCAGUGCCGAGACGAACAUGAACGGCAAGCUGCUCGCCUUCAAGCUCGUGCUGAAUCACUGUCGAAGCUUAGUACGCAUCGUACCGAAUUCGUCAAAUUUCGUCGAGCGCUUCAUCACGCUCGAAAAUAUGAUUUACUGGCACAGCACGGAAGGGACGUGGUAUCGACAACGUCGCCACGCGCGCGCGGGAGAUCGGAAGAAAUCCCCCAAAGGCGUUGAUGUUGAUUUUUUCGACCUCCCCGAGCGGAGUCGAUGGUUGUUCAGGUUACAGAACCUUCGCGACGCCGCGCACGCCGACGUCUUGGCGUGGAACACAACCUUCUGUAAGUCCCCGGCCGCGCCCUUCUGA